UGAUGCUUAAUAUUAUUAGUUUUUCAAUUGAACAGUUUUGUAGCACAGGUAAUAUAAUAGGAAUACAACCAUGGCAUCCCAUCUACUUCGUGUGACAGCUUCCCGCCUGGUUGCAAGAAGACUUCUCAGCACUUCACAACCUGUGCGAGUCGCUGGUCCAGCAAUGACAGAUGAUCCUAAUGUCAAUGUAUAUUUCCGUGAAGACAUGAUCAAUCCUUUACCCCUGAAGCCUAGACUUUGGUGCACAACCCCAGAAUUGAAGGCUUUGAAGGCAAAAGAAGCUGGAAAUUGGAAAAAUUUGACAGAAGAAGAUAUGAAACAACUCUAUGAUGCGUAUUUCGGUAUGAGAAUCUCUGACAUGGAAAGACCAACCGACAACUGGAAGAGCUAUGUUGGUGUUCUUUUCUACAUUGCUGGUUUCACUCUCUUCCUUCAUCUCUUUAUUCAUGUAUACAUCAACCCUCCCUAUGUGUCUACCGUAACAGAUCAAGAAUGGAUAAACGCGUCGAUCAAGAAAAUGAUUCAGCAACAUCAAGGAGAUGUCACUGGGUAUUCCUCCAAAUGGGAUUACGAAAACAACACAUGGAAGAAAUAAACAUUUUUGUUUCAAAAACUUUCAGACCAGUGUGCUUGUAUUAAUUGGAUUUAUUAGUAAUAUUAAAUAAAUUUCCAUUGCAUUCAAUUUGAUUAGUGAUAUUUGUAACUUACAUUGGCUUAUUAAUUUCAUGCUGUUGAAUAAUCUAUUAUAUUUAUCUUAUUUUGGUCUAACUAAAUUACAAUUGCUAUUUGCUGGUUACUAAUGUUACAAUAUUUUAAUCCAAUUGUGUUUGAUGUAUUCAGA